ACAUCAGCUGGGCGCAAACCAGGUGGAGGCUGGACAACGGGCUGGUCUGCCUUCUGCUGUUGCUGAGCUAUGCUUCUUAAUAACAGAGGGACGAUAGCACGCAGAGCAGAUCACCGCGGGGAUCAACACAGCGCCUGUCACUGACGACUAGGGAGGUAGAUAACGGUUAGCCAUCAAGGUAAAAUGUGUCAUGAGUUAAAGGGUGAUUUCGCCCAGAGGCACAGAACCAUAUGUUAGGUUAGCUAAUUGAAGUUUGGCGUGCUAGCAUCGGGUUAGCUACCUUCAAGUAGCUAGCCUGUGGGAGCGGUUACUAGCAGCUAGCACGGGUUAAGUGAGCAGAAGCUUGUCAGAGCCGCUAGCCUUCUGAAGUUGUUCAUUUAAUGCGGCCGGCUGGCAAACGUCGUUAGCUAGCGUUAUUUCUUUAGCCCUAACUGCCCACAGGCUAGUGGCUAGAUAACGCUGAAGGCUGUGGGGAUACCCCCGCGGUCUGUUCCCUCAGUCUGUUUGGGAAACAUCCUGACAGAAGCAUAAUGGUAUGUAAUUAGCCAUUGAAGACAGCGAUGCGCACUACAUUAUUUCAGAACAACGUUAGCUUGCUGGCGUCUGAUUAUUGCACUCUGUGGUGCGAUAGUGCCCUACCCAGCAGCGUCACUCGUAGCAUUUCGCAUAAUGAGUGAUCAUUAUGUAAAAGUUAAGGUUCAGCUCGAGCAAAUGAAAGCCUUUGGUGAGGAUGCCGAGAAGGAGGGUGUGGACAAUGAAGAAGAGCAGGGUCCAGUGUCCUCUCCUGGUGCUUCACCGGACCCUUCCAGCAUCACCAUAGCUGGCGGUGAUGCGGUCAACACCUCCACCCCCUUUAAACACAGGGGUAAAAGUCGUAGCAAGCUGGGGAAAGAUGGCAAGAACUCUUGUGGCGACUCAGAUGUGUUAGUACAUGGGUCUGUGGUUUCUGCUCAUGUUGGGAGAAACCUGAACAGACUGGACCAUGAGCAGACACUUCAUGUGAAAGGGACUGGAAAGAUCCUGCAAGGCAAGUCGGAGACUAAUGGGAACUAUGUAACCAUCCAUCCAACCAAAAACACUCAAGAAGCACGCCACGAGGAAGGAUUCAAACUUGCCAGGAAGAGAAGACCAGUGACGGUGGAUACUGCAAAAGCGAAAACCUCAUUGGAGGCAUUGAAGUUAAGCAUUAAGCAGCUGAAAUGGAAAGAGUUUCCUCUGGGAAGACGAGCAGCCUGUGAUAUCUACUGGCACGGCGUUUCCUUCCAUGACAAUGAAAAUAUCGUCUCAGGGCAGGUGAACAAGUUCCCAGGAAUGAUUGAAAUGCUGAGGAAGAUCAACAUGAGUCGUGCAGUGAGGACUAUGCAGGAGUUGUUUCCAGAAGAGUACGACUUCUAUCCCCGCUCCUGGAUCCUGCCUGACGAGUACCAGCAGUUUUCCACGCAGAUUCGCUUGGUGAAGGAGAACGAUACCACAUUGAACCUCACCUUCAUUGUGAAGCCAGAUGGGGGCUCUCAGGGGGACGGCAUCUACCUCAUCCGUGACCCCAGUGACCUAAAGCUCAUGGCGGGGUCACAGGCCAAACAGGCCGUAGUCCAGGAGUACAUCCAUAAGCCGUUACUCAUUGACAAGCUCAAGUUUGAUAUCCGCCUCUACGUUCUAAUUAAGUCCCUGGAGCCAAUGGAGAUCUACAUUGCCAAGGAAGGCCUGACACGUUUUUGCACGGAGCCCUACCAGGAACCAAGCCAGAAGAAUCUCAGCCAUGUCUUCAUGCAUCUGACAAACUACUCCCUCAACGUCCACAGCGGAAACUUUGUGCACUCAGACAGCCAGAGCACCGGCAGCAAGCGCACUCUGUCCAGCGUCCUGUACAGGCUGGCAGCUAAAGGCGUAGACAUCAAGAAGGUGUGGUCGGACAUCAUCGCUCUCGUCAUCAAAACUGUCAUCGCCGUGGUGCCUGAACUUAAAGUGUACUAUCACGCUGAUAUACCGCCUGGCAAACCAGGACCCACUUGCUUCCAGAUAUUAGGGUUUGACAUCCUGCUGAUGAAGAACCUGAAGCCAGUGUUACUGGAGGUCAAUUCCAACCCCAGCAUGAGAAUAGAACAUGAACAAGAGGUGGCACCAGGAGUUUUUGAAUAUGUCCCCAGUCCAGUCGACAAAGAGGUCAAAGUGGGCGUGAUCAGGGACACUCUGCGCCUUAUGGACCCUGGCCACAAGAAGCCCUCCAUUUCCCAUCCAAAGACUGGUGGGUGUGAACGCGGGGAGGAAGUUCCCGUGGAGGCGGACAUACAAGACAGGAGCCCGGAUGAAGCAUCUCUGCCCUCGCUGUGUCUGAAGCAGGUCUACCCCAAGUACGCCAAACAGUUCAACUACCUGCGGCUGGUGGAGCGAAUCGCAGCUCUGUUCAUACGCUUCCUGGGGGUCAAGGGCAACAUGCGUCUGGGCCCCACAGCCUUCCGAACCUUCAUCAGGACCUGCAAGCUGAGCAACAGUAAUUUCACCAUGGCUUCAGUGGACAUCCUCUACAUAGACAUCACACGUCGUUGGUCAGGAGCCGUGCCCGACUCGAGAGAAGCAGGUAUGGGAUUACAAGCCUUUGUGGAGGCAUUUUUCUACCUGGCGGGUCGAAGGUUCAAAUCCCUGGUGAUGAGGGAGCAGGUCGCGUCCCUGCUGGAGCUGUGCGAGGCCCAGCUGCAGUCCCAGUCGAGCACCGAAGACAGACGUUCGGUGAGCUGCAGCAGGGCGCUGCCGCGGGCUGGCAAGACUCAGACGCCGGGCCUCGCCAACCCUCAGCUCAGCUCGCCGGCCCCCCUGCGAAGGGCGGCCAGCCAGGACUACCGGCUGCAUCAGAGACUCAAACCUCGCACACUCAGGGCCAACGUGGAGAACUGAUGAGACGAGGGCAUCAAGCACUCCUCCAAGUCCCAAACACUGCCGUUAGCCUUCUCCACGGGAGAAUUAGGUAUCCAUCUCCUCUCUGAGGGGGAGCUGAGAGAAGGACUAGCUUGACCCCUGCUGGCUGGCUCGCAGGAGGACCCCCCCCCAGAGGCGGAGGAUGUCUGUGGUGCAUUUCCUCCUCCACCUCCUGAUGUGAUCACAUGAUGAACAGUGUGGUCCAGUCAGGAGGACUCACUGAUCAUACAGGGCAGCUAUUUGCUUGCCUUCACCUGUGUCUGGCAGCACGUACAGCGAAACAAACUGCCUUUUCAGGGAUAACAUUAGAUGAUCCAGCGUCACAUUCAGUGCAUUCACACGUAACGUUACACAUAAAGAAAUGGGUGUGAGGGAGUGUCCUUAGUAUGUGUGUUACAUUCUUGAAUUUGCACAACAACUCUUUCUUAACUAUUAUAUUUGCACAGAAAUGGAUUUGGGAGGAUUGGCUGAGCAUUUGUGUGGGCAUCAUGUGGAUGUCAGUGUGUGUGUGUGUGUGUGUGUGUGCGCGCUAUGCUGUAUUUAUUUGUGUUCAGCUCGGUGGUGAAAGCCUAUUUAGAGCCAGUGGCUCAGCUGUGCAUCCUAACUCCGUGAGCCCAUUAGCGAUGAGUUAAGUGAAUAAGUAUUCAAAAGGAAAAGGCCAAGCCGCCACUUAUCCUCUCUCAGUUCAGCUGCUGUUUGACUGAGGGGGCCUCAGACCCUCAGCGAGCGUGUUUUUAGCCUGAUUACUUCAUAGGAACGCAAAUGCUAUUGGGAAUUAAUAGUUUCAGCAGCAAUAGCGUGGCGUAAAAUAGACAGCCUUUGUAAGAAAACCUUCACCAAUGUGUGACCAGUGUGCACCGGUGGACGCCAGUCAGGAAGGUUGUAGAUCGUCGCUGUCACUUCAGAUUAUUGUCUACUGACCAUAUUGUUUGUUGUUAUUGUUUUUAUGUUACAUUAACAUUAUUUAAUAACUUGAUAAUCUGUUUUGUCACGUGCAGCAAUUAAGUAUGACAUGUUACACAGAAGAACACUAACUUAUUAAACUUGUGCAACGUUGGCAGCUGUUUAGCACAUAGACUGAACUGAACAAAUGAACGAUUUCUUGUGCACACACUGUAGGAUUCACUUAUUUACUGACUGUGCGUCUGGUGACUUGAAGUAGCUUGCUGAGGUCAUCAACAGUGACCGGUCGUGCGGAUGAAAUGAACUGAUAGCGCUGCAAAAAAUAAAAUUCAGUUUGUUCUUUCA